CAACAGCUCUCGGGUGGUGAACAUAUGGUGACGUGGGAUGUUUUACCUGUGGUUGCGCUCCCUUUUUCUCUACCACAAGGCUGGAAGCAGACCUGGGGUACAUCUGACCCCCCUGAGCAGGCGGGGAGGUAGCGCCUACCCUAGUUCCUCUAUUUACGGAAGUUCUGCCCACGUCUCAGAUAGUCGGCUGCAUUUUGCUCCAUACCGUCACUAGCAGCUUUGAUUUUAUACCUUUUCAGCCGCCCCACAGCCCCUCCCGCCAUCAUGUAUGAUAGGGCUCCUCGCUUGCUCAGACUGGCUGAAGGUGGCAGCACUGAGGAUCAUGUGGGUCCUGGGUCCUACCAGGUACCUUUCCUGAAGCAGCAGGCAACAGGUGGCUAUGCACCAUUUCUUUCUUUGGCUGCCAGAGAAAGUACUUUUACUGUUGCUUCUAACACUGAGAAUGCUGUUCCAGGUCCAGGAUACUAUAAUGUUUCAGAAGCACAGUAUAAUAUAAAAGGAGGCCAUAGUCUACAAAAUCGGGAGAAACGUUUUAAGAAGUUUAUUUCCGACAGUCCAGGACCAGCGAGCUAUGAUCAAUCUUGUCCUGGAACAUUCAAGAUCACGAAGAGAAAAGUACUAGGGGCCAAAGAGCAUCUUCAAUCUAAAAUUUCAAAGGCACCUUCAGUUUCCAGAAGUGUUUAUGUUCCUUCAAUUCCUUGUGGACGGUCAUAUGGUUAUCAUAUUAAUGAGGAUGACAGUAUUAUAAAACAUUUUCCACCUGCUAGUGACAGCACAUUAGGUCCAGCAUACUAUAAACCUCAAUUUGAGUUUUCUAAUGCAUCUUUGAAGUACAAGGGAAUACAUUUUGGCAACUCUUUGGGAAGACCAGAAUUACCUACACAGUCAGGGCCUGGUCCUGGACAGUAUGAUAUAGUCCAGAAGAAGACACCACAUUAUGAAAAUAUUAACAUCAAGAAAGAUCAACGGAAAAAUUAUUGCUCACAUAUACCACGAUUUUAUGAAGUAAUAAUGUUGCAGGAGGAAAAAAAGGGAAUACCGGGGCCUGGAAAAUAUGACAUUAAAAGUCAAUUUCAGAAGACCGAAAGUGUGACACCAAAUGUAAAUGAUGCAUCACCUGCUUUUCUUUCUCAAUCCCAGAGAUUUGCACCUAUGAAAUCAAGCACUCCAGCUCCUGGCACGUAUAAUGAAUCUCGAACUGCUUUCCAGUCCUUGAAGAAAACACCAACAUUGAAAAGUAUCCCAUUUGGUCAGAGUGCUGCUAGGUUCACACAGGUCUCCAGGACAGAGGAAAUGCCAGGUCCUGGGUUUUAUAAUAUUCUAAACAGUAUUAUAAAUGACAACUUUAGCAAUAUCUGCUUAAAGGAACAAAAGAAAAGUGCAUUCGGCUCUUCUGUUCCUCGGACUUUCUUAGUUCAGAAAGAAACUUUUACUACUCCUGGGCCUGCUGAUUAUCAGGAAAUUACGUCAAUAUCUCAAAGAGAUACCUGCAGGGCCAUGUUCAUUGCAGCAUCAUUCAUAAUAGUUGAGAUAUGGAAUCAACCUAUGUAUCCAUCAACAAAUAAAUGUAUAAAGAAGAUGUGACACACACACACAGAGGAAUACUAUUCAGCCUUAAAAAAGAAGGAAAUCCUGCCAUUUAUCAUAACACGGGUGAACCUGAAGAACAUUAUGUUAAGUCAAAGCCAGACACAAAGUGACAAAUACUGCAUGAUCUACCUUACAUGUGGAAUAUAGAAAAGUCAA